UCUCGCGUUUCCAUGGAGAGUGGCCGGGGUGGGCGCUGCCAAGCGCCUGUGAGCCUUCCCUGCCUGCUCCCCGUCCAUGGGAGAGGAACAAAGGCGAUGCACCCAGCCAGGCCUGCUCUCGCCACCCGCGCCGUCCCCUGCCUCUCCUGGGACAUGGAGGCCCUCCAGGUCACACUCAACGAUGUCGCUGUCUGCGCGCCCGCAGCGCCGAGUCCUCGUCGCCAAGAUCAAUAGGAGCCAGUCGUUCGCCGGAGUGAACUCGACAGCGGACCGGCCCUUCAGGAACCUCUCGCCCUUCACGCCCACCGUCUCCCGCAAGACUGGCUCCAGGGUCAGUAGGAUGUUCUCAAUGUCCCACAAAUCCCCACCACCCAAGGUGCCUCAGCCCAACCGCCUGGAUGAGGUGUACGAAGCGCUCAAGAAGGGCUUGACAGCCUACCUGGAGGUACACCAGCUGGAACUGGAGAAGCUCAGCACCCAGAUCCGCGAGUCCAAGAGGAAUUCGCGCCUGGGCUUCCUCUACGAUCUGGAUAAGCAAGUGAAGUCAAUUGAGCGCUUCCUGCGUCGCCUGGAAUUUCAUGCUAGUAAGAUCGACGAGCUCUACGAAGCCUACUGCAUCCAGCGGCGGCUCCGCGAUGGGGCCCACAACAUGGUCAAGGCUUACAGCACGGGCUCACCGGGCAGCCGAGAGGCACGCGAGAGCCUCGCUGAGGCCAGCAAGGGCUACAAGGAGUACACGGAGAACAUGUGCCUGCUGGAGAGCGAGCUGGAGAGCCAGCUGGGCGAGUUCCACGUCCGGAUGAAAGGGCUGGCAGGUUUCGCCCGGCUCUGCGCUGGCGACCAGUACGAGAUCUUCAUGAAGUACGGGCGGCAGCGGUGGAAGCUGCGUGGGCGCAUCGAGGUGAACAGCAAGCAGGUGUGGGACAGCGAGGAGAUGGUUUUCUUGCCUCUCAUCACUGAGUUCCUCUCCAUCAAGGUGACGGAGCUAAAGAGCCUGGCCAACCAUGUGGUGGUGGGCAACGUGUCCUGUGAGACCAAGGACCUCUUUGCAGCUCUCCCCCAGGUGGUGGCUGUGGAUAUCAACGACUUGGGUACCCUCAAACUCAGCCUGGAGGUGACCUGGAACCCCUUCGACAAGGAUGACCAGCCCUCGGCAGCCAGCAGUGUCAACAAGGCCUCCACGGUGAACAAGCGCUUCUCCACCUACAACCAGAGCCCGCCUGACACGCCGUCCCUACGGGAGCAGGCUUUCUACAACAUGCUGCGGCGCCAGGAGGAGCUGGAGAACGGCACAGCCUGGUCCAUCUCCUCCGAGUCUUCGGACGACUCCUCGAGCCCCCAGCUGUCGGGCAGCGCCCGCCACGCCGCCAAGCCCAUCGUGCAGCCCGAGGUGCAGGCCUCGGCCCCCGCCAUCGAGAUCGCCUUCUCCCAGCAGCAGGAGGAGGCCGGGGCCAGCGGCAGCGUCCCUGCCGGGCCGGCUCUGCCGGGGCACCCGGAGGAGCAGGGUGGCCGCAAGAAGGACCCGGUGGCCAACGGGCACGUGCCCUACGCCCGGACUCUCAGCCACAUCAGUGAAGCCAGUGUGGACGCGAGCAUGGAGGCCAAGGCUGUGGAGAGCCUGUGGGAGCCCUCUCCCAGCCCAGAGGACCCCAGUGCGGGCGAGCAGGAUGCGGACUCCCUCCCUGGCGCCUCAAAUUCGGUGCCAGAGGCCUGGGCAGAACAGGACAAUGGCCCCGAGGCCAAGCCCCGCGCUGUGGUGGCGUGGGCUGAGACUUGUGAGAUGGAGGCCGAGCCAGUGACAAGCUCGGCACCCAGCCCGGCACCGGCACAGGAGGUUUGCGGCAGCGAGGCCCCCGCGCCGGCCGCGGUGCUGGCACAGGCCCCCGCCGAAGAGGAGCCCGUCCUCACCCCACACUUGGCCACCAGCCCCCCAGCAGUACCACGGGUGAAGGCCGUGGACUCAGGGCUGGAGGAGGCCAUCAGCCUCCUGGCCUCAGCCCUGGAUGACUAUCGGGGACAGUUCCCAGAGCUGCAGCCCCUGGAACGGGAGCUCAAACACCUGGAGGAGAUCCUGCUGCACAAGCAGGGUGUGUUCCUCAGCCGGGCCUCAAGCAUCAGCCUCACAGUGGAGCACGCUCUGGAGAGCUUCAGCUUCCUCAACACCUCGGACAUGGAGGACUCAGAGGGCUCCGAGGAGGAUGCUCUCCAGGAUGAGAGGAGGGCCAGCAGAGCCCGGCGUGGGAGCAGGGCCCCCAGCGCUGGUGAGGUGGGAGCAGAUGACGCAGGGACAUGCAGUGGCUCCGAAGGCAGUGCUGACCCCAUGAGCACUGGCAACGAGUUCCUGGAUAAGGCCCUGGUGCUUCACCUCCACAACUGCAACCGCCUGCUGCUGAAGCUGGGCACCUUUGGGCCCCUGCGGUGCCAUGAGAUGUACGCCCUGGACAGGCUGCUGCGGGAGGCGCAGGUGCUGGAGAUCGUGUGCCAGCUGAUGGAGGAGCGAUUGGAAGCAGCCUGCUCUGCUGCCGGAGUGGUGCAGUUCUCGACGCGGAAGGAAGGGGUGCUGCCCCUUUGGGACCGCUGCGUGGAGCUGCCCAACGUCUACACCUGCCCCGUGGAGCGGUUCCUGCAGGUGCUCAGCGCCCAGUAUGCAGCGCCCAUCAACGAGCGGCACCCAGGACUGGCUGAUGCAGUGUGUGUGAAGCUGGUGGAGGAUGUGCUGAAUCGGCGGCUGCCCCGGCGGCCCGGCGGCACCCAAGGCGAGCAGGUCACCGUCUUCCAGUACUGGAGCCACUUUGAGUCCCUUGGUGCCCUGGUGCUUGACACCUACGUGAUGGAGCUGGCGGAGGAAGUGCUGCUGGCACAGAACCUCAACUCAGACGACCAGGACGUGGUGCUUCGGGCGCUGAAGCGUGUGCCCGAGGGCCGCCUGAAGAAGGAAGGGCUGAAGGCGCUGAGCCUGCUCCUCGUGGAGGGCAACAGCAAGGUGGUGAGCGCCGUGUCGGCCCAGCUCCGCAGCCUGGCGGAAAACCCCCGCUUCCGCCAGCGGGCCCUUGUGUGCUACCUGGACCAGCUGGAGGAUGAGGAGGUGCAGACGCGCGUGGCCGGGUGCGCGGCGCUGGGCUGCCUCAAGGCCAAGGAGAGCAUUGAGCAGCUGGUUUACCUGUGCCAAACCGACAAGGAGCCCGUGCGGGAGGCAGCCAAGCAGAGCCUGAUGCUGUGUGAUGGCACUGAGAGAACCAUCUGAGUGGGUUUCUAGGCCUCCAGGUCGCGGCAGCUGCUGCACAGGGGAAGAUGGCAAAUCAGCUCACCGGCGGCUGGAGGAGACCCUGGACAGCCUCCCGAGGAUCUUCGCGCCAGCCAGCAUGGCCAGUACAGCUUUCUGAGACGCCGCACGAAGCCACCCGCCAUCCCUCGAGGGCAAAGGCACAGCUGGGCUACCUGGGCUUGCACGGACUGGGCCCAGCCAGGAGCCAGCAGCCCCCAGCUCGCGGCAGCACAGCGCAGUAUUACCCCCGCCGGCAGCUGGCCGCGGCCGCACACUGCCUUACGGAGCACCGCUUCCCCUGCCCCCAGACGCUAGCCAUGCGGGGUGCCACGUACGCACCCCCAGGCGAGGAGGGGGGGAGCUCGCCGCACGUCCCACCCUUCUAUUGCUAUUUAAAAUACACGGGGAAAACCGCCCUUCCUGCCCCGCCGCCGGGAUCGGAGCGGCAGGGAGACGUACUGGAUUUCUCUGCCUCCUGCCUUCCCGUCGCGCGAGGGCACGUGCCCUUCCCCGGAAGGACCUGCACUUUGGAAACCACGCCGUUUCUUUCCAGGAGUCGCCUGGGCUGUGGGGACUGCUGCCCUUUGCCGCCUGGAAGUCCCCAGGACUUAAAUAAAAUGAAAUAUGAGAUAUUAA